AUGCCCGCUGAGUGUGAGAACAUUGUCUCCACAGCAGCAGCUGCUGCAGCAGCUGCUGCUGCUCCUGCUGUUGCUGCUGCUACAAACACUGCUGGAGACACCGCAACAAACUCGGUUGCUUCUUCUCCCCUAGACACCUCCGCACACACGGGGUCUCCUCGGGAGAGCUCUACAACAGCAGCAGCAGCAGCAGCAGCAGCAGCAGAAGCAGCAAACUGCACACCAACAUCCACUCCCAUGGGCGUCUCUCGGAGACAGAGACAGUAUUACAGGCAGCAGCAGCGACAGCAGCAACGCCAGCAGCAGCAGCAGCAGCAAAUCUUAGGCCUUGGCUCCCUGCGAGGAGCUCGCUUCACCAGCAACAUCGGCAGCAAACGCACAUGCAGCAACUGCAGCAACAGCACCACCAGCAGCCUGCAGUCUGUCCGCCUCCAUCUCACUAACCACCUUUCAAAUAGCCAAGCGGAGUUGGAAGUGCAUGGAGUCGAUGUUGCUGCAGUUGCUGGCAGCAUUGUUAACCGCCUCGCUCUGACGCUGCAGCAAGCCCCACGUAUUGCGGAUGCAGCAGCAGCAGCAACAGCAGCAAAUGCGUCCUCCUUAGGCGCAGCACCAGCAGCAGCAACAGAGGCCGCCGCUGCAGCAACAGCAGCAGCAGGAGCUGCUACUGCUGCUUCGAACGCUGCACCAGCUACUGCUGGAGACCCUGCUGGAAUCCAGAAGCAGCAACUGGAGCUGCUGCAGCAGAGGCAGCAGCAACAACAGCUACAACAACUCUCACUCCUGCAGCAGCAGCAACAGCAACUCUCGCUGUGGCAGCAGCAGCAAGAACAACUGGCACUCCUACAGCAGCAGCAACAACAACAGCUCAUGCUCUUGCAGCAGCAGCAGCAACAACAGCAGCGGCAACAGCAGCAGCAACAGCAGCGGCAACAGCAGCAGCAACAGCAGCAACAGCAGCAACAGCAGCAGCAGCAGCAACGGCAGCUGCAGCAGCACAUUCAGCUGCGCAAGAGAAGCAGCAGCAGCAGCAAUUCCGGUGCUCAACGGGGAGAGGACCAGCAGCAGCAACAGCAGCAACAGCAGCAGCAAGUGCAGCAAUACGAACAGCAGCAACUACUGCAUCACCAACUUCAGCAACAAAACAUGCAACAGCAGGAGCUGCAGCAGCAGCAGCAGCAGCAAGGCUCCUUUGGAGGGGCCCACGGAUACUUUCUAACCAAACCGAUGGGUCAGCUACAGCAGCCUCAGGCGCAGCAGCAGCAGCAGCAUCAGCAGCAGCAGCAGCAGCGGCUUCUGCUGCAGCAACAGAUCGCGGGUGCGGACUCCCCUAGCAGCAAGCAGGGAGGAGUGCAGCAGCAGCAGCAGCAGGAUGGAUACAAAGGAGCCAAAGAGCAGCAGCAAGACCUCAGGCGAAGCGGCAGCAGCACUGUCUCCACAGCCACGAGCACUGUAUGCGGAGACAGUUUGCUGCGGCGCCUCUCUUCUAUCCAGGGCCCUAAGCUUGAUGAGGCUGCUGCCAAGCUGCAGCAGCAACAGCAGCAGCAGCAGCAAGUGCAGCACAAGGUGCACACGCAGACACAGAAUGAAGGCGCAGAGCAGCAGCACGGGCAACUCCAGACAGGGCAGAGGCUACUGCAGCAGCAGCAGCAGCAGCAGCAGCAGCAGCAGCAGCCCCUGUACCAGCAACACCGGAUGCUGCAGGAAUUGCAGUUCCGUAUGCAGCAUGACGCGUGUGAGCAGAUGAGCCAGCGCCUGCAGCAGCAACAGCAGCAGCAGCAGCAGCGGCAGCGGCAGCAUGCAGCUGCCCAUAACCGCAGCCAAACACCCAACCCCAGCAGCAGCAGCAGCAGCAGCAGCAGCAGCAGCAUGGGGCAGCAAGCGUUUGUCUAUGGGGCUGCCAGAAGAAGAUCUGCAACGCCGGGUCUCUUCUCAACCAGUCCCCCCUCUGGUGCAGCAGCAACCCAGCAGCAACAGCAGCAGCAGCAGGGUGCUGUCUUUCUACAUCACGCGGCUGCUGCUGGUGCUGCUGCAGCAGCAGCGCGAGAUAGCAGCAAUCGAUUCUCUCUGCCUGAAGGACACGUGGUGGUUCAGGAGGAGGUGAAGGCCCAAGUGUUAGAUAUGGCUGCUGCUGCUACAGUAGCGAGAAGCACGAGCGGCGCAGCAGCAGCAGCAGCAACUGCAGCAGCAGCAGCAGCAGCAAAACCACUGCCUGUUCAACUCACACGCCUCAGGCCUUAUUUAGUCCCUGUCGAUAUUUAUAUCCCGAAGCUUGUUCAGGUGCCGCUGCAUGUUGUGCAGCAGCACGUAAACUAUGAAGCUGUUGCAGCAGAAGCAGCAGCAAACCCUGCUGCUGCAUCUCCCCAGAAGCUACAAACACCCCACAAGCAGCAGCAGCAGCGGGAGCUCGAGGCCUUCAACAAACAGCAGCACCAACACUUCGCCGCUAUGCUGCAACGAGCGAAGCAGCAAGCAGCAAUAUGCGGAGCUCAGACCCUGCCUUUGGAGCACCUGCUGCAGCACCAGCAGCAGCUGCUGCAGCAGCAGAUGCUGCAGCCGCAGCUGCUGCAGCAGCAGCCACAGCAGCAAGCGGCUUCCCGCUAG